AUGCUUCAAAAAAUAGUCGCUCCUUUGUUUACCAGCCUUCUGGUGGCUACUCCAGCACUGGCAGCCACAUAUAGCCAUCUCGAUCCAGCUCGUUGCGUAGAUCCGUCUGGCAUGAAAAAGUGUGUCGAAAAAGUGGAUGCGGAACAGCCAAACUGCGUGAAAACGGUUUGCCCCGAUAGAGAAAAGGAAUGCCUUCCAGAUACCUGCUUGUGCGCGGGCAGCAUCAGCCAAAUGGACUGCGCUCUGACGCAUUGCUGGGACCAGGCAAAGAAGCAGGUCUAUAGCUGCGAGUACCAGGAAACGGUCGAAUGGGUUUUGAAGACCUGCGACGAGCAGCCAGAGGAGGGGUUUCCCUUCUACCCUGCCCCCGUUGAUGCGCCCAAUUCUUGCUCUUGCAACAAGGCGAAAGUUGUUGAAACUGUCGGCAAGGUGCUGGAGGAGCAGAAUGACUGUGAAGGAGGGGCAUCGGAUGCGUGGGAAAGAUUGUCUCCGGCUGAAUUAAAGGCCAAGGUCGCCCCGGCUUGUUGCAAAUUCGACAACGGCACUUGCCAUACAGAGUACAACUAUACGCUGCCUGGUAACAAUGAUGCCAAGUUCUACGAGCCGGGCGAGUUCCCCAAGAACGGAACCCACACGACAAUGACCAACCUUGCCGGUACCAUCACGAGCCCCAUUAGCGGUGCGACGUUUACGUGGACAAUGAAUUCGACGGCGCACACUAUCAUAGCUGCUAGUGUACACACGACAGCCGCCAGCGCAAGCACGACGGCUAGCAGCGAAAACACCACACCAAAGAGUACAGACGCGCAAGCAACAGAAAGUUCCAAUGAGACUGAAGACAAGGGAAACAAUGCUUCAGCGGUAGUCCCUCGAACUUGGUCCAUUAUGUGGCCGGGUCUUAUUUUCUUCGUAAUUUAA